UCAAACACGUUCGAACGUGCAAAGUGUUUAAAGUUUGUUUGAAAUUCUCUUUAAUUUUCUCCUUCAUUGUUUUUUUUCCUAUACGUUUAUUUAUUUAAACAAACAUAAAAUUAUGUCAAUCAUGUCAACAGAAGACUUAGGACCCAAAGAAUGGUUUCGUUGUAACAAAUGUUACAUGUUGAUGCGGGAAUCGAAAGCUCCAUUCUUCCUUUCGUACUGUGGUCACAUUUUUUGCCCUAAAUGUGUUAAAACAGUUGCCAAAAAAUGUCCGCAAUGUAAUGCUCAAAAUCUUCGUACAAUGCCUUUAGUGGAACCUUUAAGUCCUGAAGUACAACAUUGCUUUGAAUCAGUUGAGGAACUCAAUGAAAAAUUUUCACAAGCCAUUACUUUCCAAACUCAACAAUUGACGAUAAAUAGUAAACGUUUUUCUGCCAUUGAUAAAAAAUACGGAUGCGCAAAAGUGGAAUAUCAACGGAGCAAUAAUGCUUUUAAAAGGUCUCAAAAGCGAAUUAAAGAACUCGAAAGUGAAUUAGAAUUAAUGCGAAGAAAAGUAUGUGAAUUUGAAAACUCACAUAAAAAAUUGCACUACCUUCAAAAUUCUUCGUCGAUUUUAACUCCACAAUCUUAUGUGUCGAGUGUAAAUAGUCUCCGUUCUGCAAGAAGCGGUAAAUCUUUUAAUAAUUCCAUAUUGACGCCAAUAACGCCAACAAAACUCGAACAAAUGGAUUUUAUGAACUCUGAAUUUCGCAUUCCAUCAAUCACAAGAGUUCCUCGAUCUGUUGGCAGUUCUUCAAAAAAUUCCUGCAACUCUUCAAUGAAAACAUCAUUUACAGAUGAAUGUUCUCCAUUCGUUCGCCGAAGAUAAAGCCACAAUUUGGCGAGUAUUUAAAAAUGUUUUAUUUUUGUUUAAAGAAUAUUUAAUUUAAUUAUUUAAGUUAAUCUUAAAGUUAUUUUUCUUGAAAUUGAAUUUCAAGUUUAUUUAAUUAAUAAUAUUAAUGAUCAAUUUAAAUCAUUAAUAGUUGAUCUAAUUUCGUUCAAGUUUCAUUUUUUAAUUUCAACAUUUAUGAUAAAUUUUGUUAACUACUAAUUAAUAUUUUUAUUUUAAAACUUAAAUUAAAAUUAAGUUUUAUUAGUUUCUAUUUUCUUUUUGAUAUCUUAUUUAAAAAGACAAAAUAUCGAGAGACACUUUUUUUUUUUAAAUUCAUUUUCACAAUAAAAAAAAUGUGACUUUGUACAAAAUUCAGUGAAGACUGAAUCUCUCGACUAAAGACUGAUAAUUGUAUAAAUAGUAAAUGUAGAAAAAUAUGUUAAUAUUUUUUUAAUAAA